AUGAAGCAAUUAUCAAAACGCAGCUCUCGAAUAUCUUCUCAAUGUGUUCAAUCUAUUAUGUUCUUCAGUUUAUCAAUGAUUGGUAUUCAAUGUGCGAGCCCACAAACUCCACCAAGAGGAUUUCCAAAAGUUCAUCAAGAUCCUUCAGCAACUAUAAGUCAAGUUGGUGAUUCAACACAUUUACAAUGUGAUGUAUCAGCUGAACCUCAAGCAACAGUCUAUUGGAUAAAGGAUCAAUUUGAAUUAAUUGAUACAAGUCUUCCAAGAUUUCGAAUUGUUGGAUCUGGAUCCCUUGUAAUAGAAACCUUACUUGAAACUGAUUCUGGAGCGUAUGAAUGUAUGGCACGUAAUGAAAUAGGUACAGUAUUAAGUAAUUCAGGCCAUUUGCAUGUACGACAUAAUCUUACAAUUGCAUAUCAUUUUCUUCAACAAAGAGGUAUUCAGUUCCCACCAACAAUUAAUGAAAUGCCUGAUAAAGUUGAAGUAUCCUCUGGUAAAGGUACAAAUUUGACUUGUCGAGCAGGAGGCUUUCCGAUACCUAUGGUUUGGUGGUCAACAUUAGGUACACCAGCUGGACCAAGAGUUUCAGGACCAAUUAUGCUAUCUGAACGUGCUUUAACAGAGCCACAACCACACGAAGCAACACUACGUUUAACAGACAUCACAGAAUCAUCCGGUUAUAAUUGUAUUGCAAAAAAUGGUCUUGGUCUAGUAAGAAGAAAUGUUAGUGUCAUUGUAAAGCAACUCCCUGCUCCACCAUCAAGUCUAGAUGCACGACCUAUUGGUAGUACUUAUGCUGUAUUACGAUGGCCACCAAGUAUAUCGUCUGGUGUUGAUUCAUACACUGUUAGUUUACAAAUUGAUGAUGGUGGUUUAGGUGAACUUAGCCGUCGUCAAAUAACAAAUAUCGAUCCAUCUGAAAUGAAAUCAGAAAAUUCAUUUAAUAUAUUAGAUACAAAGUAUUCUCAAGAAAAUCCAAUGAUUGUUUAUAAUCUCACUGGUCUUAGUCCAUUUACUUUAUAUUCAGCUCAAGUUCAUGCAGUUAGUCGAGUAGCUGGUUUAUCAUUACCAAGUGAUUUAGUAAAAUUUCGUACAGCAGAACUUGCACCUGGAACACCUCCUCAAGUAUUACAAGCUAUUGUUGAUUCUCCGAACUCUGUAGUAGUAACCUGGAAACCACCAGUUGAAUCCAAUGGUCGUAUCACUGGUUAUAAAUUGUAUUAUACAACUCGACCAGAAGAUUCACUUAACUCAUGGUUAAUUGCUAGAACAACACAAGAGAAAUAUCAAUUAACAAAAUUAAUACCGAAUGCAACUUAUUAUGUUAAAGUCAAUGCAUUCAAUGCUGCUGGAGAUGGUCCAGUUAGUGAACAAUUACCAAUUGUAGUUACACCCGGAGUUCCAACAGCACCGACAAAUUUACGAGGUAUAUCACUGAAACCAACGAAUAUUCAUUUAACAUGGACACCACCUGAUGACAUGUCAAAUGAUAGAAAAUUACUUGGUUACAGAUUAAGAUUUCGACCUGCCACUACUACCUCUACUGUUGUAGAUCAAAUAAGUGAUAUUAAAUCACCAUUGUCAUCAACAUCUAAUGAAGAAGAAAUUAUUAAACAGAAACAAAAAUCCUUCAUCACUGAAACACGUGAUAUUGAUGCAACAGCAACACAGUAUUUAUUAACUGAUCUAGAACCAAGUACACGAUAUUAUUUAAGUUUAGCUGGUAAAUCAAUACACGGUUAUGGAGUAGCUGCUCAAAUUGAAGUUCAAACGAAUGAUUACCCAUUUGAUCUACCUUCACCAAAAAAUGUACAAUUACGUACACUGACAAAUGUUAGUGCAAAAAUUUGUUGGGACCAACCAAAUUUACCAGAAUUAAUGUAUUCUAUAAUAUCUUAUGAAAUUUUAUUUGGAUUAUCGAAUGAAUCGAUCAGUCCAUUAAAUGCUACUGGAAUUAUACCAUUACCACAAUCAAUAUGUUGUUGUUUCACUAUGAUGCAUUUACGCCCCGGUACUGAUUAUCGUAUAUGGUUACGUUUAGUCAGUCAUAAAACUCUGCCAACAACUAUUGUCAAUAAUUAUGAUGGUAAUAAUGGAUUUAUGAAUAAAAAUGUGGCACCAUGGUCGUCGAUCGAUUCAAAGAAUAAAAUCACUGGUCCAGUGUCUGAACUACAGGCAUUUCGUACAUUAAUAAGUGGUGCGUAA